UUGUCGGCUGGCUCUCGAAGCAUCGGGCGCUGUCGAAUGUUUGCGGCCGGCACAUUUGAAUUCGUUCGCGACGCGUUGUCGAGUGCGCCGGCGCGUCAGCGCCUUCCCACAGAGUGAAGAAAAAUCGGAGACUAAUACGUAAAACUGAGUGGCAUGCGUUGUUGAGCGCUGCUGGGAUUCAGAAUAUGUUGCGUGUACGUUGGUGUUUGCGGCAGAAGUGUGAUCUGUGACUUCAUCGUAUUCGUAACUGCAGCUUUAACGCUUCGGUGAUAUAUAGUUGAAAGAUUUAUCGGAAGUUUGACGUAGUUUAUUAAUUUCCUAGUUCAUUUUCUAAUCUGAGUUCGUCAAACGUGGAGUGAUAAUUAUUAGGGAAGCGAACAAUUUCCUUUUUCCAAUUUAACAUUAUUACAAUAUUUCAAUUGGAAGCAUGUUCAGCUUCGGGCAUUACACCGAGAAAUUAACUGAAAAAAGAGAAAGUACGUUCCAUCAGAGAUAGUACACUGUAUCUAAAAGGCGUUUGGCUAGACAUUAAAAAGCCGAGCUCAACAAUUGAUUGAAAUAGGGUGAUGGAGCUCUACACGUACAAAGAAAAUACGGUAUUCUCAAUAUUUUCUACGGGUUAUUUACAUUUAAAAUAAUACAUCGAAGAGUUAUUGUGCUGUAGUCUGUGUAGAUAAUCAAAUUACACCAGUGAUGGGGCAGAAUAUAUUGUAAAGUGGUGUUCCAGUCCUUUUUUUAUAUAAUUCGUCGCUGCUGCUGAAUUCGGGGCCAAAAAUUCGACACGGCUGUCCGUUACCGAAUUGCGUGGGAUUCUGAGCUCUGCCGAGGCGGGGGAGAUUUUUUGUGUCCCUAUUUAUUGCUUUGGCUAUCGGUGCCGAGGAAGUGGGUUAGAGGAUACCGUAUAAUUACGUUCCGGUUGUUGACUCCCAGUGUUCCGUAACAUUAGAAACUUAAAAGUGAUGCCGUGUUUACUCGUGGAUGUAUAAUUUUUAUUACUCCCAUUAAACAACGCUCGCCGUAAAAAGGACAGUUUCCGAGCGUCCAUCGGCACUUUUUGUGCGUGUGUGCGUUCCCACAGUCCGCGUAGGCGGUGCUUCGUACACUUUACCUGCGUACGUGUGUGAGUGCAUACUGGAUUACUGAAAUCAACACUACCUGGUGUGGCAGUUUCAUAGCGAAACUGUGAGCAGAACACACAAAAGGAUGCAGACGAAGAACGUGAACCUGAGCCAGGACCAGCUGAACAACUCAGUGCUGGAGAAGAACGCCCAGCUGAUACAGCAGCAGCAGCAGCAGCCGCUGUCACCGGCCAGCCCAGGGAGUCCCCCACCACCGCUGCCACCCAGAGCGCCAGCGGAGGUGGAAGCCGCCGGCUAUGGGCAGCCGUACAAGCCGGUACCGCCCCCGAAGCCGCUGCCCGCAGCCGCCUCCGGCGCCGCCUCUCCGCCGCCGCCGUACCGCAUGCCGCCCUACCCUCUGUACGGCGACGCGCAGACGGUGCCCAUCCCGGGCUCUGCCGCCGCGGCCUCAGACCUGCAGCCCGGCGUCGCCCUGCACACGCACUCCAGCAAGUUCCCGAUUGAGCGUGAAGUUAUCCUGAGCAGUGCAGAUAAGAAUUCAAAGAUUCCAAUCCUGCAUGAGUACAAAAAGAGGACAAAACCAGCAACAAUUGCACCAGAGGGGCCCAACAAGCAGAUUGCCUGGACAGAGGACAAGAGGCAGCACCUUCAGCAACACCAUACUAUGCAUGGACCAGUAAAUGGUUCUGAUGACACACUUGUUCUGACUACGAGAACUCUGCACAGUUUGAAUCUCGGGGAUAAAAGCAUGGCCCUGGAGGACAUGUCUCACCAGAUGUACAAGGCGCAGCCUCUGCAGGUACCAAAUGAAGCCAGCCGAGGGAAGGAUUACAGGAGUCAGUUUCACAACCCCUACCUCUACAAUGGACACCACGCAAACGCCGCAUCGACCGGUGCGGUGCCUCGGGCGUGGGGCUCCUCGGCACAGGGUCGCCCGCCGGUGCCGAACCAGGGACCACCGGGAGGGCAGCACCAACACCAGCACCACCAGCAGCAGCUCGGUGCGGCACCACAGCAGCACCACCAAGACUCGGGCAGCAGCGGCACUGCCAGUGCUGGCGCAGUCAGGAGGGACCACUCGGGGGAACGACCGAGACAGGCUCAGCAGCAGCAGCAGGGCAGUGAGUCGGAGCUGGUUGAAGAUCAAAAUUGUGGAACAGAAAAUAAUAUGAAGGACAAGGACGGGAAAGACUGCGGUGACAAGGUUGCCGGGAAGACAUUUUCAACACGAACCUACCACACCAUCAAGGACAUGAUCUCAAGUCGUUUUGGCAGUGGGAAACUUCCCAAGGAUAUGAAUGCUUCUGGUGCUGAUGUUGAGCAGGGAAAAUCUUCGCAGGAAGGACUCAACAACAAUGCUGUGGUGAACGGUGACGUGGGUAGUGAGAAGUCGAGUCCACGCAAAGUCCGGCCUCAGCCACUAACUGGCAGGGAAGACGCAGAGGAUGAGCAGCGGCAGCAGAGGCUGUUGGGAGGAGGGCCGUCCGUAUCGGUGCCCCAAGGUGCCUCCGCGCAGCCCACAUCGCGCAGUUACACGGCGAGUGGCAGCGAACCUGCGGGAGCAGCCAGCUAUCAGUACCAGCAACACACAUCUGAAAACACAGUUCCCUCCACCUCUGGCUACUACCACCACCAGACACCUGCCGGGCCGAGGUCUCACCAGCAACAGCAGCGGCAGAAAGCACUGUCCCCGAUGUCGCAACAGCAGGCGAACUACGCGAGCCAGCUGGAGCAGGCAGGGGUGUACAUGGUGAUGCGACAGACCGGAGCCUCCACCUCUGUUGCUGCAUCAUCUGGCCAGUACCUACAGGCACAGCAGCAAUACCACAUGGCAGGGCAGCAGGAAAGACCCGACUCCGGAAGUGCAUAUGCAACGGCGAACCUGUCGGGCGCUCCCGGCCUGCCAACACAGAAGCAGCCUGCGCUGCCACCCCCGCAAGCCCGAGAGGGCAGGAGGGGUUCACAGUCACGGCUCGACCUCCCAGAUGACGAGGAUGACGACGACGAUGAGGGUGGCUUCGCGCCACCCGGGGUGUCGGCCCCGCCGCCUCCACCUCCCUCGACAGAACCCCCAAGGACGGCGUCCUCUGGGCAGAGCUCGGACUACGAGAAGGCAACACAGCGCAGCACGGGGCAGUCCAGCUCAACGGCCGGCGACUCUGGCAGGGGGAGCACCGUCUACUCGAGUGGCCGGCAGCCCUCUGUGGGAGGCAGCAGUGGAGGUGGCGGCAGUGUGGGUGGAGCAGGCUUGCCGACCCAGAAGGACCGGCUGGACACCAGCACCGAGUCGUCGGGGUCCCCCCGGGUCGGCUACGGCCUGCACCACCAGCAGGCUGGAGCUGGAGCCGAGCCAGAGUGGGUGGACGUGGUGGAGAACGAGCUCCGCCAGAUCCUGGACCCCAAGCUGCACGGCCUCGGGGCGGGGUCUGCUGUCGGCGGGGGUGGCGGUGCCAACUCUACCCUCAGCGAGAGCAUCUCGUCCCUCACGCCACCACUGCCGCCACUGUCACCAGGGGGUAGUCCGACGCCCGUACCCAGAAGCUACAAGCACGGAAACAGUCUGCCGUACGGCAGCAAGCUCGGGGACUACGAUGGCGGCAGCCGCAAAGGUCUGGCUCCUUCGCACCAGCAGAGCGCAUCCGGCAAGCCGAGGGGUGGACGCCUCCCGGGAGGUGGCGGCGGCGGAACUGGAAAGCCUGGAAGUGCCACUCUGGCAUUUGACAAGCACCACAGGUCGGUCGCAGCCGGCGGAGCCGGCAGCCGCGGCAACAAGGACACCAAGAGCAAGCAGCUCAGUGCAUCGGUGUUUGGCCUGGACACAACUGACCUUACCUCUACAACAACAGGAGGUCUGGACUCUGUGCUGGAUGGACACACUGAGAACAACUCCAGUGACGAUGACCUCAGCACCACAAUAGAUGCGACCGAUGCCCAGGCCAUUCGUCGGCAGCUGGAGGGUCUCGAGAGCAUGUACUCUGAGGUGCUGAAGCUGCUCGGCGUGAAGAAGGGUGGCAGCCGGUACCCGCCCUCUGACCCGCCACGGCUCUCUCAGCGGCGCAGGGUCUACGGCAGCCUCUCGUCGCUGCCCAGCUCUGCGAGUUCCAGGCCACCUGCCACGCGGCCCCAUGAACGUCGCAGGCAUGACGACCACCGCAAGAAAGUCAGAGACCUCAAGGGGAUCAACAAGAGGUUCCAGCGCCUGGAGUCUCACGUGGUCACUCUGGCCCGCAGUGUCGCACAUCUGUCUUCAGAAAUGAGAACCCAGCACCUCAUGAUACAGGAGAUGGAGAACAUUCGGGGGGAGAUAGCAGCGCUGCGCACGCAGACGGCGCUGCACCACCACCGGUCGCAGUCCGUGCCGCGAGCCCUCAAUGUUGCGGGCAGUGCCGGUCCACAAGGGGAUAGUGCAGGCGGCCUGUCGAACCCGUCACGUGUCCGCAAGCUGACCAAGUUCUUCGGGGACGAGCCACCCCUGCUCAGGUUGUUCCUCCGGAGGCUCGGCUACGAGAAAUAUGCGAACGUGUUUGAAAACGAGAGGGUUGGGAUGGUUGAACUGCCGUACCUGACAGAGGAGCGCCUGCAGCGGAUGGGCGUGCCGCUGGGCCCGCGCAUUCGCAUCCUCCAAGAAGCGCAGAACUUCCCGCCCGCACCGGUACCGACUGCAGCACAGACCGCGGCAACCCCGUCCUCCCGCCACGACAAGGUUUAUGUCGUCUGACAGGUUCGGAAUUGUGCACCCUGCCAGUAAGGUGCUGAAGCCACAUCGUAAGUUGUCAUCCGUAGUAAAUGUGUGUGCACGCCUAUAAACAUUACACAUGUGAAAUGUGCUCUUUACAAGAACUAUUCUGCAUUUAUCAAAGAUUUUUGUAAGUGUUCACUACUUUGUGAAGAGACUUCACAACAUUCAUGCAACUGCACAUAACCAAUCAGUGUCAAAGCCUCAGUGCAUGAAUUUCCAUUUCUUAAAAUAUAUUCUUAUAAAAACACAAUAAAACUUGUUUUAUAAGAAUUUUUGAUACUGUCAUAUCCAAAAGAAGUGAAAGUUGAAGUAUCUCACCAAAGAAUUUUCUUUUUUCACAAUGUAACUUUAACCUUUUUUAAAAACUUUUGUGUGUAAUAUACUAGUAUUUAUUAGUGUCUGGAACUGCCAACUGUCUUAUACAAUCAAAAAUAUAUGUAAUAUAUUUCUGCACUGUAAUAUAAAACUCUUAAUUGA